GGCCUUUCUACGGCCAGUUUCCAAACCGCCAUGAGCCCGCCACCGUUCACACAGCUCACGUGCCUCUCGACGCGCGGCCGCGUCCUCUUCGCCACGGACGAGUGGUUUGCCGCAGCCGACAACCUCCUCUCGCCGGCGCCGCCUGUCUUUAUCGCUGACAAAUUCACCAAUUACGGCAAGUGGAUGGACGGGUGGGAGACGCGCCGGAAGCGCAUCGCCGGCCACGACUGGUGCGUCCUCGAGCUCGGCCUGCGCGGCAAGAUCGUGGGCAUCGAGGUCGACACGGCCUUCUUCACCGGCAACAACGCGCCGCGCGUGUCGAUCCAAGCAGCGUGCCUCGAGCCGGGCGUGGGCGCCGACCUUGUCCGCCCACGCGAGAUGGGCACAUGCGCGUCGGCGACUGAAGAAGCGGCCAUUGGUGCGCUUGGCACUGACGCUUGGCGCGAGCUCGUGCCGCGGACGGAGCUGCAGCCGGGGUAUGAAGCGAGCCGGUACCACUACUUUAACGUCAACAGCGACGACGUGUGGACGCAUCUCCGCGUCAACAUGUUCCCGGACGGAGGUAUCGCGCGGCUCAAGGUCUACGGUGUUGUCGCCGUCGACUGGGACAAGAUUGCCCCGACGGCGUCCGUCGACUUGGUUGCUGCGGCCAACGGGGGCACUGUCGUCGGCUUUAGCGACGCGCACUAUGGCCACCCACGCAAUUUGCUCCAGCCCGGGCGCGGUGUCAACAUGGGCGAUGGCUGGGAGACGGCCCGGAAGAAGACGCGCCCGGCGAUCCUCACGGUUGACGCCAGAGGUCUGCUCACGGUGCCAGGCGACGACUGGGUCGUCUUGAAGCUCGGGCAUGUGGGUAUUGUCGAGCGUAUUGAGGUCGACACGGCGCACUUCAAGGGAAACUUUCCCGAAAGCUGCUUCAUCGAAGGCUGUUUUUAUGAAGGCAACAACGUGCUCUCGGCGUCGGUGACGUGGCGCCCCGUGCUGCCGCGAACCAAGCUCAGCGCCGACAAGCAGCACUUUUUCAGCGACGCCGAAAGAUCGCUUGAGCCUGGCCGCGACGCAAUCAACUACGUUCGCUUCACCAUGUACCCGGACGGCGGCAUUAGCCGGCUUCGCGUCUGGGGCCGCAAGGCACCGAGUGGGCGCUUGUAAAGGCCAAAGUGAUCGAGUGCUACAUACUACCUACGCAUGCGUUUUCUAGCGCGAAUUCGAUGCACAACAUGUCCAACCAUGCAUACAUUAUUGUCUUUUGCAACACCA